AUGGACGCGGAUUGGGACGAGUUGAGUCGUCAACUCCUCCCUCCACCGGGAGGACAGUCGGUGCCCUCGGUCGUCACGACGCUCGCCUUCGAUACUACACAAGAAUUGUUAUGGGCUGGGAAUGGAUAUGGACGCGUUACAUCUUUCUACGGCAGCAAUCUACAGAAGUAUACUUCUUUCCGAGCGCACCCACCUGCCGAGGGCGCGGUGCAGCAGUUGCUCUUCAAUGACAAGGGCAUCAUCGCCCUGGGCGGGCGUGGUGUCCAUAUGGCUAUACGAAGGGGACUACCGGUGUGGCCACAUAUAACGGCCGAUGAUAUGCGAGACCUCCGAUGCAUGAGCUUCACCUCGAAGGCAACCUCCGAGAUCCUGGUCGCCGGCGUGCAAGAUACCAUGUUCGUGAUAGACACAAAUAAGGGGGAGAUUGUGAAACGGAAGAGCCGUUAUAUAUGCGCAGCCACUAGUGAUGGCCACGUACACAUCCUCGACCCAGUCAAGUUCACCGUCGUACACAGGUGGCGGGCGCACUCGGCCUUCAUCAACGACAUGGAUGUCCAGCAAGACUUUGUCGUUACCUGCGGCACGUCGCUUAAGCAGCCGGCCGCAAGUUACAUGCUGGACCCCUUUGUCAUGGUCUUUGACCUCAAGAACCUGUCCACGAUGCCUCCAAUCCCUUUUCCCCCUCUGGCUGCCUACAUCCGGAUGCACCCGCGCAUGCUCACGACAGGCAUCGUUGCGUCCCAGGGAGGGCAGAUCCACGUGGUGGAUCUGUUGAAUCCUAACACAAGCAACGUGCGCCAGGCAAAUGUUGUAGGCUCUAUACUCACAGGGAUAGAAAUUGCGCCGUCCGGAGAGGCUAUCGUUCUUGCGGAUACGGACUGCAACAUGCAUCUGUGGGCCUCCCCCUCCAAGUGCCACUUCGUCGAUCUGCCACAGCCCACAGAGUGGCCAGAUGAGGAAACACCACUACCUAUUAUCGACUGGAAGGAGAAUACUCCUUUGCAUUCAAUCGGCGUGCCAUAUUAUCGCGAGAGUCUUCUGUCGGCAUUCCCAAACAUUGCGAUAUCAGACGUUGGCUCACCGCCGCCCAAGAUCACUCAGAAUGACAUGAUCCAUAUGACCAAAGCGUCCUUCGGGUUCUAUGGUCCCAACCACAGACAACAGCACAGGAACCAAGUCGAGAACACGCGAUUGGCAGAAAAGGCCUCCUCUGCACAGCGGGCUCCCAAGUUCCUCAGCGAGAAGGCCAGAGAUUCGGCCAAGUCCCACUUUGCCGAGGCCGUCAUUGAGGCACAGGUGGACAAGGCGGCUCAUCAGCUGGGCACGUCUGAGCUCGAAAGCCUGAAGCCGGAUGUCCCAGGUCUCUACCAGAACGUGGAGAUCCAAUUUAGCAAGUACGGUGUGGACGACUUUGACUUUGAGUUCUACAACAAGACCAGGUAUGCGGGCCUGGAGAACCACAUCGCGAAUUCCUAUGCGAAUUCACUACUUCAAGUAUUUCAUUUUACACCACUGAUCCGCAAUCUGGCGCUGCAACAUACAGCGACAGACUGUCUCGCUGAGAAGUGUCUGCUCUGCGAGCUCGGCUUCCUGUCCGACAUGCUGCAGAAGACAGUAGGCAUGUCGUGUCAUGCGUCGAACCUGCUCAAAUGCCUGAGCAACCACCCCCCAGCAUCGAGACUCGGUCUCCUGGAGGAAGACUACCGACAGGGCUCACUCACAAAAGCAAACCAGAGCCUUACGAGGUUCCUGCUCCAGACCAUGGCCGACGACUACCGGACAAAAUCACCCACUCCAACGGCUAUGGAAGAGCUUCUGGCGACCUCGGCCCUGACCACGAUCAGGUGCUUACAAUGCCGGAACGAGACGUGCAGAUCGGGGUCAUCCUAUGUCACGGACCUGACACAUCCGCUCAAACAAGGGCGCGGACACCGAGCGCCCAAGAUUACCUUCUCUCAAGUGUUGAAGAGCAGUGUGGAGGGGGAGACCGCAACGAGGGGAUGGUGCGUCCGGUGCGGCCGGUACCAGUCAUUACAGACCAGGAAAAUCAUCCAGGGGAUCCCGUCCGCCCUGACGCUCAACGUGCCCAUAGCAGAGAGCCGUGAGGCCGAAAUGGAGCAGAGGUUGCUGUGGGCAACGCCGAACUGGCUGCCGGAGGAGAUCGGGAUCAUAGUGGAUAACGGCUCCUUCUUCUGCUACCAGGGCGAGGACCUGAAGUUGCAUCUGCAGCGAGGCGUGCAUAAUAUCCAAGUCUACUCCCUCAUCGGCCUGUCUGUGAAUAUAGAGAACGGAUCACCGCAGAAGCCACACCUUGCUGCACUGUCUCCCGUGGGGGCUCCAGAGGCACCUGGUGAGAGCCGAUGGCAUCUGUUCAAUGACUUCUCCGUCAAACCAGUCUCGGUCGCCGAGGCACUCACCUUCAACACAAGGUGGAAGAUGCCAUCUGUGCUUGUGUAUCAACUCAAAACAGCAAACAACAAGCUCGACACGGACUGGGUCAAGAAUAUUGACACCUCUGUCUUGCACAUAGACUUCAAGCCCGACGCGAAAGACCAUCCAUAUCGCGUCCUGAACCCACAUACCGAGCGGCCCGGCCCACAGAGUGUGGUGGCUCUCGAUACAGAAUUUGUCCUUGCCAAACAAUCCGAGGUGGAGAUGAAGUCAGAUGGCGUUAGGGAAGUCAUCCGGCCCAACUUCCACGCCCUGGGGCGCGUGUCCAUCGUGCGCGGCUCGGGCGAGGACGAAGGGCUCGCCUUUAUCGACGACUGGAUCCAGGUCAGGGAGCCCGUCAUCGACUACCUGCACAAGCACUCGGGCAUUCUGGCCGGCGACCUCGACCCCCGCACGAGCAACCACUGCCUCGUCUCGCUCAAGAUCGCCUACAAGCGCCUCUGGGUGCUCCUCAACCUGGGCUGCAAGUUCGUCGGCCACGGCCUCAGGGGCGACUUCCGCGUCAUCAACAUACAGGUUCCCAAGGCCCAGAUCAUCGACACCAUCGACCUGUUCUACCAGAAGAACUAUCGCCGCAAGCUCAGCCUCAAGUUCCUGGCGUGGUUCCUGCUCAAGGAGGGCAUCCAGGUCGACACGCACGACUCCAUCGAGGACGCGAGGAUCGCCCUCAAGCUGUACCGCAAGUUCCUCGAGUUUGAGGAUGCUGGCAUUACCAAGAAGAUGCUUAAUGAGAUCUACAGGGCCGGCGACAGUGUGGGCUGGAAGCCACCUGGGCCGGACCAGCACCCAAACAAACAAGGCACACCAGGCGGGCCCAAGAGGACGGGGACCCCGCCUCUCGGUCAGGUCGAUGGACCGUCCACGCCCAUCAGAAAGAGCGUCAGCAGUCUCCCCAGUUCGUUGGGUACACCCAUGGGAUUUACGCCGGGAGGGACAACGUCGCCGUUUAAGUAGCGGGGCCGCACUUCCCGCCAGACUCCGGACAUGAAAGAAGAUUCAGGAUAGUCGGACGGACGGAUGGGGUGGAUUAGCAGGUGAUUAUUAGACAGUCUCACAGUCAGGAGAAAUACAAACACUACCAGAUC